AUGGGAGAUGAGGGGGGGAGGGGGAGGGGACGGGUGGUUCAAUUUGUUCACCGGCUCAAAAAUAUCCAAGUAGCCUCAGACCCUCUCGGUCCCGGGGCACCUCAGCAUGCCUACGGAAACCUCGGCUCAGUGCUGAGCUCUCAGGGGAGAACCAAGGAGGCCGAGACUGCCUUCAGGAUAGCGCUCAGCUUUCGACCCAACAUGGCCGACGUUCACUACAACCUGUAA